AUGGACAAAUCAACAGCUCAGAUAAAUAUUGUGAGACCAGUCGCGUCUGUACGAGCGCCAGAGACAGCGUUCAGUUCGCUGAUUAACACAAGACUUAGGGUGUCAACAACACCAUAUCAUGUUGAGGUUUCGUACACUAAUAAUACAAAUUGCGACAUAACCGGUGGCUGCGGAACACAGACCUCAGUAACCAUGGUGAACAUGCCGAAGGAACGCCGUACAUUUUGCAAGGACAAGAAGUGUCGAAAGCACACAGUGCACAAGAUCACGCAAUACAAGGCCGGUAAAGCAUCAAAGUACGCUCAGGGAGCCCGUCGCUAUAAUCAGAAGCAAAAAGGAUUUGGUGGUCAGACCAAGCCCGUGUUUCACAAAAAGGCAAAGACGACCAAGAAAAUCACCCUUCGGAUGGAAUGCAAGGAAUGCAAGGCGAAGAAGCAGCUACCUAUGAAGCGCACCAAGCACUUCGAGCUGGGUGAGAAGAAAAAAUCGGCUGGACACCAAUACUAA